CGUCGGUCCCUGUUUACCAGCAGCCUCAGCUAGGUGACUGAAAAAGGGUCAGGACGCAGCCAUAGCUCCUUUACUACUGAGGAGAGAGGAUAUCUGGCUACGAGGCUGGCUAGCUGUUGUAGCAUUAACUGUGUCCUCAUCGGCUUAAAGCAGGAGUGAAUAAAUCGCACCAUGCUGCCUGACAAAGAUGGUCCAGGUGUUGGAGGAGGACAGAGCUCUGCUGAGGGAGAGGAUCCCUCUGUCAGUCUGUUCAGAGAGUACCUGCGGCUCAAAACUGUCCACCCAGAGCCUGACUAUGAUGCUGCUCUUCGCUUCCUGGACAGAAUAGCUGAGGAGCUUGGGCUGCCUAUGAGAAAGAUUGAGAUAUGCCCGGGCAGAGUCGUGUCGAUCAUGACAUGGGAAGGAACGAACCCGACCUUGAAAUCCAUCUUACUGAACUCCCACACAGAUGUUGUACCUGUUUUUCAGGAACAUUGGAAAUACGAUGCUUUCAGUGCUUUCAAAGAUGCAGAGGGCAACAUUUAUGCCCGGGGAUCACAGGACAUGAAAUGUGUAACUAUACAGUACAUCCAGGCAGUCAGAAGACUGAAGGCAGAGGGACGGAAACUGAUGCGCACUGUGCACUUAAUGUUUGUUCCUGAUGAAGAAGUCGGAGGUCACAAGGGAAUGGAAACAUUUGUGAACCAUGCUGAGUUCCAUAAAUUAAACAUUGGCUUUGCACUUGAUGAAGGUCUAGCCAACCCUGGCGAGGCCUUCACUGUGUUUUAUGGAGAGAGGAACCCCUGGUGGAUUACAGUCCACUGCCCGGGCAGCCCAGGUCAUGGGUCUAGGUUUGUGGAGAACACAGCUGCGGAGAAGAUGCGCCAAGUCAUUAACUCCUUCCUGGACUUCAGAGAGAAGGAGAAGCACAGGCUAAAUACCAGUGAGUGUUUCACCCUCGGUGAUGUCACCACAGUGAAUAUGACCAUGGUCAAAGGAGGCGUGGCCUACAACGUCAUCCCAGCUGAAAUGGACGUCAGCUUUGAUCUAAGAAUACCACCCACAGUUAAUCUACAGGACUUUGAAAGACAGAUCAAGGAGUGGUGUAAAAAAGCAGGAGAAAACGUCACUUAUGAGUUUGCUCAGAAACAUAUGAACCAGCACGUGACUUCUACAGCGGAGAAUGAUCCUUGGUGGAGCGCCUUCAGUGCAGCCUGCAAAGCAAUGAACAUGACUCUGGAAAAGGAGAUAUUUCCAGCGGCCACAGACAGCCGAUUUAUCCGAGCGGUGGGUAUCCCUGCUAUCGGCUUUUCCCCAAUGAACCGGACGCCAAUCCUGCUGCACGAUCACAACGAGUACCUGAAUGAGCAAGUCUUCCUGAAAGGCAUCAGCGUGUUCGAGAGGCUCAUCCCGGCUCUAGCGAGUGUUCCUGCCUGUCCUGAUGAGGCUUAGACGAGUCUUCAUUUUAAUCCUCUCUAAAAAUGUGUUUCACUGAUGAUCUGAGUAUUUAACUUGAAAAUUUUACAGAGAUUACCAAAGAAUUACAACGUGUAUAUCUUAGCCAAACUGAGCACUUAGCCUUUGGUACUAUUGAUUUAAUUUUUUUUAUAAUUCUCAGGAUAUAUAGCCGCAGUAAGCUUUGCAUUACUCAGUAUUGCAGUUUUUAAACAACACACUUACUGUAUGUCAGCAUUGUUGAUUGAGUGUGCCUGUGUGUAUGCAGUCUUAAAGAUAUAUCACCUAUUGUGUCAUCAGUGUUUUCCAUCAGUAUGGAAAAAAAAUCAACUUACUAAAAUGUGAAGAUGACUUUGAUUAACUUCGAUAAACCGUCAUUUGAUUGCCACUUUUUAAAUUAAGCUUGAUUUUAAAAAAUGUGAUUCCACAGAUAUAAUUUUAUUUAAUAAACUGAAAUUGAAUAAAUAUAUUUGUUCAUUA